AUGCCUAUCCACAUCCCCAAAAGAGCUCUCCGCUCCGGGAUCACCAUCGUCCUCUUCUUUCUCGGUCCCAUCAUCAUCCUCGGCCACCUCGCCUCUCUAUCCAACCACACAGACGAACACGAGCGCUGGCACGCCGUCUUCAAGGAGGACCACUCGGAAGCUGGGUGGAAGGAUGCAGAGGGACUGUCGUUACAGGAGAGCAACGACUAUUGGUAUGAUGAGCUUGAAUUUGAAGAUGAGGAGAGGGAGGGGAGAGGAUCUCGGGUGAAGCAUGGAAAGCCGAACCACAAGGGGGAUGCGCAGCAACCAGCGGAACUCUCCCAUGCGCAUCGCCUGCUGCCAAAUGGCUUGCUAAUAGCAGACCCCUCAUCACCUCAUCCCAUCUACACUCUGAUUGAAGAAGCGAACAAGAACUGGGAACAAAAGCUCGGCAAGGCGAGCCGGUCAUUGUCGGAAGCUGCGGACGAGUACCGCAGGCGAUACGAGAGGAACCCCCCGAGAGGCUUUGACAGAUGGUGGAACUGCCAGAUGAAUAUGAUCAGAUCGCAAGUUAAUCUCGACCUGGAACCAUUCCACGCCUUGACGCCAUCCCAGCUCCGGGCGCACAUGGAUACCGUCUCCCGCCACUCUGGCAUGUACACCAUCUCCUGCCCCGGAGCCUCCAACUCAAAACCAUCGGCGCGGUGUACUUUUGAGAUUGUGGAGGGAGGGUUGAAUGAUGAGGGCAAAAGAGUAGCAAACCAGCGGGCUAGGGCGCAGGUCGAGCUUUUGGAGGAUGUCGAGGAGUUGCUGGAAGAGGUGCAGGUCACAUUCUUUAGCCACGAUGUCCCUUGGCAGUUUGUGGGGCAUGAAUAUGUGAGUGGCUUGGUGUUCGAGCGUCCUGCCGCAAACGCGCGCCAUCCUGACAAGAAACAGCUUGACACUGCCCAUCUUGGCUGGGCAUCUGCCUGUGCGCCCCACAAACCUCUUCGCGAGACUUACGACCCCAGCAUCCUUCCCGACCUUGCCGAUCUAUGGCAAAACGACAAAUCUUUCAUCUGGGACCACAAGGCAUCCAUGGAUCCCUGUAUACAUCCUGAGCUUACCCACCUGGUCGGCUUCUUGUCUGGUCACGGCAAAGGUCCCGGACCCCGGAAAGAUAUCUACCCGGUGCUCGCCAUGUGCAAGACCACACUCCACGCAGAUGUCCUCGCCGUGUCGAUGGAAGCGUGGACAGAAGAUGUCGAGCCUGAUCCCGCGUGGGAGCACAAGGACGAUAGGAUGAUUUGGCGCGGCAAAACGACAGGCAUCUUCUUUCGGGAGGGCGUACCGUGGAAUAUAUCGCAAAGAAUCAAUCUUGUGCAACAUACCGGUCAGAAGGAAGGAACUCUACCCGUCCUGCCCCCCGCGUUGGAUUCUUCCUCGCCUGUGGGCUACCCCGUCGAAACGCCUCUCGGGGACCUCAACGAUGAUCUGGUGGAUGUGGCGUUCGUGGACCACGCUAUUCAAUGUGAUGAUGCAGUGUGUGACGAAAUACAGGAGAAUUAUCACUUUGGUGAUCGCAAAACGUGGGCGGAGGGUAACGGGUACAAGUAUCUUUUGGACCUUGACGGGAAUGGCUGGAGCGCAAGGUUCAAGCGAUUGAUGACUACCCAAUCUGUCGUCCUUAAAUCCACCAUCUUUCCCGAAUGGUACACAGAUAGGAUUCAGCCAUGGGUCCACUACGUCCCGCUGAAAGCGUCGCUCACUGAUCUGUACGACGUUCUCGCUUUCUUCCGGUCGUCCCCCUCGCACGACGAUUUGGCCAAGGGUAUUGGACAGGCGGGUAGGGAAUGGAGUCUCGCGUAUUGGAGAAAGGAGGAUAUGAUUGCAUAUCAGUUCCGGCUCUUCCUCGAGAUUGCGAGACUGAUGGCUCCUGAUCGUGAGACGGCGUCGUUCCAUCUCAGGGGAGAUGACCUAGAAUAG